AUGUCCGUGAUCGAUACCUCGGCUUGGUUCCAGCCACAAAUCGGCUCUCGCCUGAAACCAAGCAUCCAGUUCGUCUUCCGCGAAUGGAGCCACCUGGCCGACGAAGAAUUAGCAUCGCACCUACAUCGUAUCCGCGAUCAGGCAUGGCCGCUGGGAGAGUUCCCCUGUGUCGGCCUCUGGAUGUUUCUACUACCCGGCAUCUCAGCCUUUCCUCAAUUCCCCGACAUCCUUAAGACUGGACGACGGGCCGAGGCCAUCAUUCUCGAUCUGGGAUGUGGACUCGGCCAGGAUCUACGAUUACUUGCCGCUCACGGCGUUCCAACGGAGCGCAUGUGGGCGCUAGACAUCCAGGCCCAUCUGUGGGGGCUGGGUUAUCAGCUCUUUCGUGAUGAGGGGCGCAUGAAGGCAGCGUUCAUCCACGCCGAUUUUCAGCAAGCAAGUGUUGCAGAAGAUCCCCGGUUUGCCGCGCUGAGGGGCCAGGUGGACCUAGUGCUGGCUUCGCAGUUCCUACACCUGUUCGAUUGGGAAGGCCAGAUAGCGGCGAGUAAGAAGAUUGUCAGCCUAUCGAAGCCAGGCACUGUGAUAGUAGGAUUCCAGCAGGGACGCAAACGUGCACGAGCCUAUAUUCGGCCAUGGGGCAUGAUGUUCUAUCAUAACCGGGAUUCAUUACUGCAAAUGUGGGAUAUGGUCCAGGAGCAGACGCAGACACGGUGGACAAUCGUUGUUAGCGUGGUUGCAUUGCAGGAGUGGGGUAUGCAGGAUGAGGAUUUGGAAUGGAUGCCCGAAGAUCGCAUGGGGAUCAACUUUGUGAUUACGCGAGAGUCAUGA